UUUCAAAGCAAGAAGAAGCAUUUGUUUACAUUUUCAUUUCACACAAUUUCCAAACCGUGUUUAAACAAUUAUGACAACUGGAGGCGAAGCUGAAGAAGGGGACGAAAGCCAGGGCAAUGUUAGCACCUGCCAAAACCCCGAAUUACCCGCAGAGCUAACAGACAUCUUCAAAUCCCUGGCUGAAAACCAGAACAUCGUCUUUAAAUCACAGCAAAUCGAUGAUCCAGAAAUUCCCAUUGCGGAGAAGCAACAAAUCGCACGGGAAUCCUUUGAAAAGAACCGGGAAACCUUCCUCAUACGAUUUGGUGGCUACCUGAAUGUCCGCCAACUAAGUUCUUUCCAGGAACUGGCUGUCAGAGAGCCCCAUAAGCCGGAUGAAAGCCUCGAGGAGAUGUGUCUGCUGCUGGAGGAUUUCAAAAGGAAGCUGAGCACACGAUCGGUGUGCAUUAAGAACAGGAGAUACCAAGCCAUGCAGCAGCUGCUGGAGAAGGGGGAAUACUUCAGCGAGCACGAAAUGAUGCAAAGGGCGCCAGAUCUUUACCAGGACUUGGUGGGUCAAUACCUAACCGAGGCGGAGAAGAAGGAGCGGGAUAGCUACGAUGUGAGGAACACCAGCUUCUCGGGCAUACUAAUGCACUCCCUGGAGAAGCAGCAGAGGGAUGAGUUGCUGGCAGAGACGCAACAGGAAAAGGUGGAGGAGGAGGUCACUAGUGCUCCUGUUCCUUCUGCUCUGCCAGAAUUUGAAGUCCCCUUGGCCUGUCGCAAGCAAUGGGGCGCCUUUGACGAUGAUGAGCCCAUUGCCUGCUCCACAAGUCGCGUGGCCGAAGCUCGUCCGCCAGCAAAAAUAGAGCAAAUCUCCACCCCGGAGUUCUAUAAUCCCGGAGAGCGAAAACUGUUGCGACAUGAGUUUCUCAGCAUGAUGAAGGAACGCUUUUUGGGAGGAGAAGAAAAGGACUUUGAUUAUACAGCCGUCGAUGACAAUGCCCAGCUGGAUGAUCUUAAGCAAAUCGAACAAGAUGAGGAGGAUGCUUACUUUAAGGACAGUGACGAUGAAGAGGAGUUGCCGGAGCAGGCCAACGAGUCGAAGGAGUCCAGCGAGGAGGAUGAGCUGGAUAUUUAUAUGCGACAUCUCAGCAAUCAUCAUAGUUUGCAAAAUUAAAUAUAUAUUUUAUAAGAAGUGUACAGACUUUAAAUUUAACUAAAAACCAUAGAAGGAGCUCCCAAAAGAUCCUUUAAAAAGGAAUUAAGACAACCAAAACUUGCAGCAAAUAUAGUCUUUAAUCUUAA